AGAGUAGAUGACAUCAAAAUAACACUAAAAAAUCUAUACUAUCUCCAAGCCACUAAACCCCACUCUCUUUAUCCCAUGCCUGUACAAAAAUAUGCCAAAACCGAAACCAAAUCGCUCCGACUCAUACGUUAGCCUUGUUUAGCGAUGACGUUGCUCGGAUCUGUUCUGAAGACGUUGUCUAAUAUGCAAGGAUCAGCAUUACUCGACCAAACUGAGUGUAGUAGACUAGUAGUAUUCAUUUUUCGAGAGUCAGUCCUUACAACCCGGUUUUAAAAGAAAGCGACUGAGCAGCACGCGCUAAAGAUGAGCGCGUGGAGAUUAUAGACUUUUCCACAACCUCGACGCAAAAGAUAUGGAAGUUGUCACAGAUCUUCUUCGUCACUGGAACGAGCGAGAGAGAUGAUGGAGAACCCUAACUCAUCUUCAAUGGUGGAUUCAACGUCCUCCGCACCUAAACGAUACACUCCACCUAACCAAAGGAACCGUUCUUCGAACCGGAGGAGAUCAAGAGGAAGCUUCAGUAGCAACGAGGGAGAGAGAAGUCAGCCUGUUGCUGUUGGUUUCCAGAAGGAAAACUCUUCCUCUCCAAAGAUUAUAUCUCUUGAGGGUUGCUCUAACAGUGAAGCUUUUCAUCUUCUCAGUGAUCGUUGGGCAGCUGCAAUGCAUCUCUACAAUGACCCUACUGUUGAUUUGUCUGAAAGACCGAUGAUGUAUUAUGGUGGGGAUGUGUGGGGUAAACUGCCUCACUAGGUGAGGCCAAUAGCAAUAUCAAUUUCUUACAUGUGCUUUUAAAUGUGUGUCGUUUGUUGAGGCGGGACUAAACCAAUUAAUCCAGAUAUUGGCUUCAGCAAACAAGCCAUCAAUGUUGCAAACAGAUUACAGAACCGAACUCAGUCGUGGGUUGGCGGCUGGUUACAAGGUCGCCAAGUUCUAACCAUUGUUAUCGUGAUAUCAAAAUCUUACAAAAUGAUUACAAACUCGUAUGUGACAAUGUUAUCUUGAAACGCUUAAAUCUUUAUUUCAGUAAGAUUUUCUCUA